CCUCCUUCCGGCAAACAACCUCCCACCAUGGGUCAGGUAGAGGAGCUCCCGGACGACUUCGACGAGUCCCUCAGGCUCAACGACAAGCAUUUCAAGGAGGACCCUCCGCGGGAAUUCCACGCCAAUGUGGACGUACCUCCCCCGCCUCCCGGCGCCGCCGGCGAGGAUGAGGCGCCGUUCCCUAUCAACGAGGAGCGCCUGAAGGAGAUCGAAAAGGACCCCUUGGCGCCGAAGAUGUCGGCGACGAUGGCGUCCGUCAAGUCCAACACCAUGGAGGACAUCCAGAACUACAUGAACAAGACGCCCUUGUUCAUGACGGAUAUCGAUAAGGCGGGCGACGAGCAUGGUGAAAACCCCAUGCUCGACGCUAUCCAAGCGAUCCAAAACGAGGGUACCCGCGGCGAGGUCGCCCAGAACUACCGGGAACAAGGCAACGAAGCCGCGCGGGAAAAGCGCUGGGUUGAUGCCAAGGAGUUCUACACCAAGGCUAUCGCUAUCCUGCAAGCCAAGGUCGACAAGUGGGAUCAGCCGGAGGACCUCGCAGCGGAGGAGAAGCUGAAGCGCGAGGUUGAAGAGGCGUCCUUCAUCAAUCGUGCUCUGGCUAAUCUAGAGUUGAAAAAUUUCCGUUCUACGACCAUAGACUGUGCCUCGGUGUUGAAGCUCAACCCGGCCAAUGUCAAAGCCUUUUACCGCUCCUCCGCGGCCUUGUACGCGUUGGACAAGAUCUCCGAAGCGGAAGACGCCGCGACCCGGGGCCUUGCCAUCGACCCCAACAACAAGUCACUGCAGCAGGUUCUGUUGAAAGCCACCGAACGCAAGGCCUCUCUGGAGCGCAUCGCGGCCAAGAAACGGGCCGACGAUGAGCGCACACGGAAGCAAAGGCUGCUACUAAGCACCGCGCUGCGGGCGCGGCAGAUCCGCACCCGCAAGACGGAUCAGCCUGCCGAGAUGGAAGACGCGGGCAUCCGGCUGUCUCCGGACCCGCUCUCCCCCGAGAGCACUCUGGAGUUCCCGGCUGUCUUCCUGUACCACAUGGACGCGCAGUCCGACUUCAUCAAGUCAUUCUCCGAAAUGAACUGCAUCGAGGACCAUCUGGAGUACAUCUUCCCCUUGCCGUGGGAUACCAAGAAGGAGUACACGAUGAACGGCGUGGAAUGCUUCAUGGACACUGUCACCGGUGGGUUGAUCAAGGCAGGCAAGAAGCUCCCGCUCCUGGAGAUCCUCAGCGGCGGGAAGGUCGAGGUGGUCGACGAACUGGUUCGGAUCUACGUGAUCCCGUCUGCAAAGACUGGACAGUUCAUCUCCGAAAUGAAGGCUCGUAAGAACGGCUGAACGACUUGUUUCCCUUCCAAGGUGAAGUAUGUUUUCAGUCUGCCUGUGGGCUUAUCGGGUGCGGGCGCUGGCUGUCUACAAUAGUCCAUUCCUCCCGCGGCGUGGCCACAAACCCCCGCGCAGACGAUGCUGACUUGCUCGGGGAAUAAUGUGAUCACGAACCCCAUACCCCUUAGAUACCACUGUAGCAUGAUGGCUCUAGGCUUGUACUAGGCCAGUUAACUACUGACGGUUGCCGGCACCACACCCGCCAGAUGAUGGUUCAUAUCCGCGUUAUUGACGUAGAUGUGGGUCGACAACCGUGCAAAUCGUUGGCACUUGGUCUUGGCAGAGAUUAAACUGCUUCGAUCUCGGGCCCGAUGUCUGAUCUCGGAUCCGAGAUUUUGCUGAAUUUACAUUUUAGUCUGUUCCAGAACCGCGUGUGCUCGACUAUCGUAGGCCAUAUAACCAAUUCAAG